AGCCAGGUGUACCGAAUCUUUGGCACAACGAUCAGGGAUCUAUUUCGCAAAUGAACGGAAAGGUAGCACAAUUUUUUUUCUUUCUUUUUCUUUUUGUGCUAGUGCCAGUAUUGUGGAACGAAUUUAUAAGGUUUGUGGGUUGGACUGCUAACAUUUAUGUUCGAAUUUGGACGCCUCUCUCUCUCUCAGGUUGGAAAGGGGUUGCUGAAGGACGAGAAUGCUCAGAAGCUUGCGUUGCAGCACUGGCUGGAAGCGAUUGACCCACGGCACUGGUACGGCCACAACCUUCACUGCUACUACAACUGCUGGCUCCACUCCGAAAGCAAGCAACCUUUCUUCUACUGCUAAUUCUGAGAUUGGCCAUCUGAUUUCUGAGAUGAGCUCCCAUGUUCAUAAUAUUUGCGCUGUGCUAAAUGAGGCCGCACUUGAAGAAAUCUUAUAUCAGUUUGAGGAAAAACUCCAAGCUGAAAGAGAGGAAGCUGCUAGGAAGCAGGAAGAGUUGCAAGCACAACUACAAGCUCAACAGGCCGCACUUGAAGAAAACCAAAGUUUGCUGCGCCAGGCCCAAGAGGAAGUGAAGGGGAUGCAUACCAAGUUUGAAGAGACCAAUGCACUGCUAUGAGCUGUCCUGAAACUUCAGAAAGAUUGAGGUAGGGAUGCAUACCAAGUUUGAGGAUGAUGCCUUUGCUUAAGGUUUUUCUACCUUGCUAGAACAUAUCUGUGGUUAGAACUUUGUCAGAACUAAGUGCAAUCUGUUUGAAUGCUUCAAACCUUUGUGGUGGAACCUUUGUAUGUUUGAACCUCUGUUGUGGAAGAACUAGUGUGCUGGAAUUGUGUAUGACUUGUGAUGAGAAUGUUGUGUAUGAUGGCUUUUCUGUGUAUUA